UUCCGGGCUGCACUAGCAUUGAGGCCUCUGCUGAAGGACACUGUCACACUCUCUCUGCUCAGGGGUCGCGUAUUACAGGACCAUUAAUCAUCCACAAUGGGAGGACAUGAAGCAGCCGGAGGCCCGCAGUUCACUGGAAUUGCCAAGUACUUCAAUUCAUACACGAUCACAGGAAGGAGGAAUUGUGUUCUGGCCACAUAUGCUAGCAUAGCAGCCAUUAUCCUCUUCUUCAAAUUGAAGCCCAAGAAGCAGGCGGCCAUCACAGAAUAGUGGUCAUGUGUCUAUUCUGGCCGGCAGCUCUAGCAGCUGGGAGUGGAGGGAGCAGCUGGACAUGCUUGUAAUAAAAUAUUCCUGUUUGGUUUCUCUAUGUUGACAAUAAAAAACAUUUAUGCCCACAACAUAAAAAA